CCGGUUACUCCGGAAGUGAAGACUUCUAAGCUCCUCCGCCGGCGGAGGGCCAGGUUGAAGGGAUGGCCGGGCGGACGGCGCGGCUGGUGCUGCUAGCUGGAGCAGCCGCGCUGGCAAGCGGCUCCCAGGGCGACCGCGAGCCGGUGUACCGCGACUGCGUGCACCGGUGCGAAGAGCGGAACUGCUCGGGGGGCGCACUGAGGCACUUCCGUUCCCGCCAGCCAAUCUACAUGAGUUUAGCAGGCUGGACCUGUCAGGAUGACUGUAAGUAUGAGUGUAUGUGGGUCACUGUUGGCCUCUACCUCAAGGAAGGUCACAAAGUGCCUCAGUUCCAUGGCAAGUGGCCCUUCUCCCGGUUCCUGUUCUUCCAAGAGCCAGCUUCUGCCAUGGCCUCUUUCCUCAACGGUUUGGCCAGCCUGGUGAUGCUGUGCCGCUACUACACCUCCGUGCCAGCCUCCUCCCCCAUGUAUCCCACCUGCGUGGCCUUCGCCUGGGUUUCCCUCAAUGCUUGGUUCUGGUCCACAGUCUUCCACACCAAGGACACCGACCUCACAGAGAAAAUGGAUUACUUCUGUGCCUCCACCGUCAUCCUACACUCCGUCUAUCUGUGCUGUGUCAGCUCUGGACGGCGGGGCAGGACCGUGGGGCUGCAGCACCCAGCCGUGGUCAGCGCCUUCCGGGCCCUCCUGCUGCUGAUGCUGACGGCGCACGUCUCCUACCUGAGCCUCGUCCGUUUCGACUAUGGCUACAACCUGGCGGCCAAUGUGGCUAUUGGCCUGGUGAACGUGGUGUGGUGGCUGGCCUGGUGCCUGCGGAACCAGCAUCGGCUGCCUCACGUCCGCAAGUGCAUGGUGGUGGUCCUGCUGCUACAGGGCUUGUCCCUGCUCGAGCUGCUCGACUUCCCGCCUUUCUUCUGGGUCCUGGAUGCCCACGCCAUCUGGCACAUCAGCACCAUCCCUGUCCAUGUCCUCUUCUUCAGCUUUCUGAAAGAUGACAGCCUGUAUCUGCUGAAGGAAUCAGAGACCAAGUUCAAGCUGGACUGAAGGCCCUGGGAGUGGGUCUGCCCUGCUGGGGAUUCUGCCCUCUCCCUGCUGGCUCCCCUUCUCCCAGAAUCCUUGAGACGAUUUUUGUCUUUUAGCAUCUUGAAUUUGGACAUGAAG